AGUCCCACGCCGAGGGGACGGGCUGAGGACCCCAAGGCUGGGACCAGAGGGCCCGCCGGCAGCGCGGCGCCCCGAGCAGCGCGGGGGAGCCGAGCAGGGACCGCAGCCGAGACCCCGAGCCCCAGCCCCGCCGCCAGCGCCGCCGCCAUGGACCCCAAGGACCGCAAGAAGAUCCAGUUCUCGGUGCCCGCGCCCCCCAGCCAGCUCGACCCCCGCCAGGUGGAGAUGAUCCGGCGCCGGAGACCAACCCCUGCCAUGCUGUUCCGGCUCUCAGAGCACUCCUCACCAGAGGAGGAGGCCUCCCCCCACCAGAGAGCUUCAGGAGAGGGGCACCACCUCAAGUCGAAGAGAUCCAAUCCCUGUGCCUACACACCCCCCUCACUGAAAGCCGUGCAGCGCAUUGCUGAGUCUCACCUGCAGUCCAUCAGCAACUUGAAUGAGAACCAGGCCUCAGAGGAGGAGGAUGAGCUGGGGGAGCUGCGGGAGCUGGGUUAUCCAAGAGAGGAAGACGAGGAGGAGGAGGAGGAUGACGAAGAAGAGGAGGAGGAAGAAGACAGCCAGGCUGAAAUCCUGAAGGGCAGCAGGGUGUUUGCUGGGCAGAAGACAGCCUGUGGCCAGGGUCUGGAGGGGCCCUGGGAGCGCCCACCCCCUCUGGAUGAGUCCCAGAGAGAUGGCAGCUCUGAGGACCAAGUGGAAGACCCAGCACUAAGUGAGCCAGGGGAGGAGCCUCAGCGCCCUGCCCCACCUGAGCCUGGCACAUAGGCACCCAGCCCUGCAUCUCCCAGGAGGAAGUGGAGGGGGCAUCACUGUUCCCCAGAAACCCACUCUGUCCCCACCCUAUUCUGUAUCCUUCCUCUCACCCGCUAGGGCUGCGGCUUCUGACUUAUAGAAGACUAAGGCUGGUCUGUGUUUGCUUGUUUGCCCACCUAUGGCUGAUGCCCAGAGAACCUGGGCACUUGCUGCCUGAUGUCUUCCCCUGCCAGUCAUUCCCCCAUUCACCCAGUGGGAGGUGGGAUGUGAGAGCCCACACUGGAAAAUCCAGGAAACCAGGAACAAGGAUUUGCCCUUCACAAUUCUACUCCCCAGAUCCUCUCCCCUGGGCUCAGGAGACCCACAGGGCAGGACCCUAAGAUCUGGGGAAAGAAGAUACUGAGAACUUAGUUCCACCUCCAUCUCCUCUCCUAUGGGAGAUGCCAAGUCAUCACCCCUCUCCUCACUGGCUUGUACCAGGCCCCAGGACUCAGGCAUCCUUCUCCACAGCCUCAACAUUUUGGAAAUCUUCCCCUAUUUCCCCUGCUCUUCGUGGGUGCCUGGAAGAUGGACUGGCAGAGGCUGCUUUGUUGCGUUUUGUUCGUGCUUUGAUGCCGGGAAUGCCGCCUAGUAUAUAUCCUUGGGGGGCACACGGUGGGGACAGCCAGGUUCUCCUUGUCCCCCAGCUGCUCUGCCUCCUUCCCCUUCUUCCCUGACUCCAGGCCUGAACCCCUUCCGUGCUGUAAGCUGUAAUAAAUCUUUGUAAAUAAC